AUGAAUUCCAAGUGGCUAUCUCGGUGGAGGUACCCCCAAUGGGGGAAAGCAUCACCCACGUUGCAUUACAUACAGCAGGCCAAAUUGUUGAGAACGAAAAGGAGGGCGAAAUGGAUAAAUACUUCGGAGAGGGGUACAGAAGAGGAAACCGACGAAUGGAUGUGUAUAAGGCAAGGAAACAUGUCUGCUUCUAUCCCAGUGGAAGAAGAAGACAAAUGUGAGACAGCCAUGUGGAGAAGGAACACCCCCCCUCAUGAAGGUGAAUCUAGUAAGGACAAAUACACAGAAAAGAAUGCGUCCCUAAAUAACCAACUCCGCAAAAGGUACCAAGGGGUGCAAAAAAAACUUUAUCAAAAGUACAACCACCAGGGAAUAGGAAGCGACCCGCACAAGGUACAGACAUACGAAAGGAACUACGAACAGAUGAACGAAUUAAAUAUCCAUCGAAUGUUACUUCUAGGAUUGCAGAAACUUCACAUAAGCGAAUUGAAUAAAAUGCAAAUUAACAGCUUUCUUACCAUACAGCAAGGGAAAGAUGUACUCAUAAAUUACCCGGAUGGGUCAGGUAAAACCAUAGCCUACUUGCUACCCCUUCUGAACAAUAUCUACUUUGUGCAUGAUUAUUUGGAAGAGUUGAUCCUUCAAAGUUACCAUGAACAGGGGGGGAAAAAUAAGUGCGGAAAUUCCGUCCAGAAAAACUUCAAAUUUAAUAACAACUUCGACUUGUACAACGGAAUGAGGAAGUAUUUCCUUAGCUAUAGUCACUACAGGAAAAAUGUACUGCUGGAAGAUGAUGCCACUCAGAUGGAUAAAAAGAUGAACCAGAAAUUUCACUUGCUUCCAAAUCACUUUGAUCAAAUGGAUGAACAAUCCAUGCCUGAGUCUCCUCAUCUAGGUAGGACGCAUCGCAGACGGAAAAAAGGGGAGGGUAAAUAUACAUCAACGGAGAAUCGAAAUGGAGGAAAGGCGUUUUCAGCAAAUGAGGAUCAAACUGGUUAUAGAGACGGAAGGCACACAGAAGGCAAACAGAAAACCGUCAGCCUGAUGAAUAAAUUGAUAGAAGUAAUAAAAAUGAACAAAAUCAACCUGAACAAUAUAAAUAGUGACCGUGCAAAUAAGGAAGAGCUAGCCAAAUUGGAAAAUAUUUUAAUGUAUAAUUUUAAGGAUAAACAGACAGAACCUAACUGUAUUGUUACCCCUCCAGACAAUGAUGAAUGCAUCUACCGGUACCUAACGAGGAACCCCUUACAAAUUAAUAAGCCAAUUAUUAUCCUAACGGUGAACAAGGAUAAUAUAUGUCAAAUUGUCCGGGUGAUAAAACAACUGGAUGUGCUUAACCGGAUCAAUAUACAAACGUUGAAUGAUGUGCCUUAUGAGGAUACCGACUAUCCCAGUAUAGAUGAAAGAACACACAUAGAAUCGAAUAAUGAAGAGGUUGACAUGCAGUUGCAAGAGAAGGUUCACCCCGAAAAUAUACAUGUGGUGAAUGUAAAUAAACUUCCCAACCCUGUGUUGUGCAAAGAUGAAAUAAUGUGGACAUGUGUAGACAUAGUUAUUACCACUCCAGACAUAUUUCUACAUGCAUAUCAAAACGAACGAACUAAGAAGAUCCUUCCAUCCAUAAUUAUAUUCGAUGAAGUAGAUAUGCUUUUCCAAAAUAAUGCUUACAGAAAUACAAUGAUGAACAUUUUCUACAUUGUUAACAGAAGACCUGAAAUUUACAACCCUCAUAUUGAUAUUAGCAAUGGAGGAUUGGAUAAUGUGGCCACCUCCAUUGAGGCUAUCUUAAGGGGCGAUGGUGUCAAAAUGGCUACUCUUCGUCAACCCCAAGUUUCAAGUACAUUUCCAAGUGCACUUCACUCCACUGUUAACCACUUCGAACGCGGCCAAUUUGGAAACCUGGAUAUGUCACCUCUUGAGGAGACCAAAAAUGGAAUCCUUACCGGGGAUGCCUUUCCCAACAAUACCUCCCACGGGAAAGACACCGUUAUCAUUCCCUCCAGGGCAAAGGAAAAAGAACGAGAACUGCCGCUACUCCAGAUGAUAUACGUCAGCUCGACACUCCCCUCUGUUGGACACACUACCGCGGGAAGUAUGUUGACAGAACGAUUUAACAACCUCGUAGAAAUUGUGUGCACGGAAAAUUACCACAUCCCCAGAAACGUGCGUACCCAGUGGAUAGAAUUGAACAGAGAUAAAAUUUUAAGCAACUACCUCCUCAACGGAGGGGAGGGAGCCACACAGGAAGGGAAGGAUAUCUUGGACCUCACUGCCAGGGAUCAGGGAACUUCCUUCCAGAAUGGCACUUCGGAGACUCACCAUGGUGGUAGCCUAAAGGAUGCCGCUCUGUCUAGCAAAAUCAACAAACUGGAGAAUAGCUCCUUCGAGCAUAGACUGGAUCUACUAAUCCAUGUUUUGAAAAAAUACCAUGAAUGGUCAGAUAGCUCAGAAUUUUAUAAACAGGAAGAAUUUUCUGAACAUGGUCAGGCGGAAAAAAAUAUAACUACCAACCCUGAGGGAAGGGGAAAAAAAAAAAAAAAAAAUUCUGCAAUCUCAACAAAAGGGGGGAAAUUCCACCUAAUUGACAAGAAAGAAGUUUACAAAACGAUUGUAUUUGUUAACAGCGUAAAGGAUUGCAUCCGAAUAUAUUUUUUUUUAAAAAAACAUAACUGGCCUGUCUUCUGCUUUCACAAAAACAUAUCAAUAAAUUUACGCAUGCAAAAUCUGCACAGCUUCCAUCAUGCACACGUUGCCAUUUUAGUGACCACCGAUUUGUUGAGCAGAGGUAUAGACACCAAAAAUGUGGACCACAUAAUUAAUUUUCAUUUCCCUUCCGACGCGAUAACGUACUUGCACCGGCUUGGCAAAAUGAACAGGAGCGGCGGUGACCACCAUAAUGGCCUUAAUCGCCACAAUAGCCAAGAAAAAGGGCAAAUGCGGCAUCGACGCGCCACCCUGGAGAAGGAACACAUCGAUGGAGAAACACAAACGAAACGAUUCCACGGAGGAGACACAACUUGGGAGUAUAUUCCAACCCAUGGUCAAGACAAAGACAACACAUUUCCCCGAAAAAAUAAAAACUUUCUCGUGACAAACUUUCUAGCAUUUUCCAAUCUCCCCUUGGCACAGUCGAUUAGAAGUUGUGAUAAACAGAACGCAAGUUUGCUACCCCUUUUUUCAAGGAAAAAAUCUUUCAAAAUGAAAAUAAAAAGAAAAGAAAAUAAUGCCCUUGGGGAGGGCAACAGAUACAUCAACGUUGGGGAAAUGGAAGAGGAUGAUAUCGACAUGGAUGGUCAUUUUCCAAAUGGGAGGGAAAUCUCCACAUGUGAGAAUGAUGAAAAAAAUGUCUAUGUCCAGGCACCCUUCUCCGUUUUUUCACUGGACGAUUCGGGGGAAGAAUCAGAAAAGAGCGACACGGAUGAGGAAGAGGUAGAUGAAGAAUACACAGAUGAAUCCACACGAGCGCGUACCAAAUUCGACCAACAGAGAGCAAUGGAAAAAGGAAAAACUAAAACAAAACAUAACCCGCAUGUUGAUGAUGACCACGCGCACGAGUUACCCGGGGAAACAUCCUCCUGUGAACAAAAAAAAUCGCUUCGAAGGUGUCACCAAUCGAGAGUGUCUACCGGUAAUACUCUCCCUCGUGAUAAAAUCCCAUCCUGGGAUGACGUACAAUUUGACAACCAGAAAUUUCUGGUGGAGAGAUUCAAGAGCAGGGAUUGUUACCUCAUGGGGCAAGUCAAACGGGGAAAGCUUAUCUUUAACAACUUCGAAAGUAAUGCAGAUGGAGACGACGAUGAGGAGGAGUUGCUCUUUUGA